AUGUCGCUGUCACGCCAUGCAUCUGCUGCUGAACUUCAAAAGAGAGUGAGUCUACUUUGUGUCAUUAGAGCACAUACUACAAUAUGUUUCCAGGCAAACAUGCUCAACAGAAUCAAGACUGCCUACAUGAAAUGGUACAAAAUUCAACCGCCAGUUGAUGAUCCGACUUUCACUACUUUCGACACGGUUGUGGACACUUUCUACAAGUACGCCAAGUAAGUGAGAUAGUUUUGUGAAUUGUUUUAGUACAUAUUUUACAGUAAAUUGAGAGAUGCCAAGGCUACGUACGCAGCUGAACCAUUGGAGCCAAGAGCACGCUCCGAAUCAGAGAUCUCACUGAUCAUCCCGGUUGGGACCGACUUCCGCGCUCGGCAGAGGUUUAUCGGAAAUGAUGGUCGAUUGAGGAUUGGAAGACUUCUGGAAGUCGUCGACCUGGUGGCUCCCUGCUGUUUGUAUAAGUUAAACAGGGCUGACAUGACGUCAACCUCUUUCGAAGAUGGAACACUUCCAAGAAUGUUUGUCACUUCCCGUUUCCACCCGACAAAUCUUUCUUGGAAUGGCGAUUAUCAACUCCAGGAUCUUCUCAUGACUGCAAAAGUGACCUGGACAAGUGAAUUCCGGGCAGAAACAACUGUCGCCGUGCAGGCUAGACACGGCGAGAUGUUCAGUGCAAGAUUGGUCUUUGUAAGUGAACUAAACCUGUUUAGAUUACUAAGUAGCACUUUGCAGACAUCUCUCGAUGGGCGUGACACAUCAAAGAAGCUUCCGAUGAAUCAGUUGAAGCCGAAAACUCCGUGGGAAAGAGUCCACCACAAACAGCGCGACGAAGUAAACACUGCUCGACCGCCUCUUCCGGAUGUCGAAUCAAUUGAGAUUCCGAUCAUCAAAGUACGCUUAAGCUAGUCGGUCUCCACAGUAAUCACUUACUUUCAGGAAGGCCAAGUGUCCGUUUCCUCCACGAGGGCUCUUUGCGAGCUUGUUGCACAGCCGGAACACGAGAAUCCGUACGGUUCAGUCUUUGGAGGUUUUCUGAUCAGAAAAGGUCUUGAGACCGCCGAAUUGUGUGCUCGGAAGUUCGCUGGCGACGAUGUGAAGAUCGUUUCUCUGAUGGAGGCUGAAUUCAUUAGAGUUGUGGAGCUUGGAGGAAUCCUUUCGUUCGAGUCCUACGUCUGCAACGUCAAUAACAACACCAAGCAGAUUCAGGUGAGCACCGGUUCUUCGAAAAUCUGCCAAAGUCAAUGUUCCACUUGUAGGUCGUCACCAUCGCCAAUGUUUACAAUCCGGAAACAAAAAAAUUCGAGAUGUGUGAUCGCUUCUGCUUCAAUUUCGAAUUCAAUAAGAACUCGGCGCUCCCCGAAGUCGUCCCCCAGACCGUGCAAGAGUUUAUCUCCCAAUGGAAAGUGAAGCAGAUGCGACAGAAGGACAAGGAUUCCCGUCGCGAGGUGUUCGUGUCUGGCUCCGCUACCGUCAUUAAAUAA